GGAUAUGUACGAGAUGAAAUCCAUCGCUCUUGCAUGAACGCGACCUAAUCAAGCAUUCGACAGCCUUUCGUCUUAUGUGUUGAAACCCGUCAGCCUUGGUUACUCGGUAUACGUACCCAGGUACUUGCAUCUAUCUUCCACUACCUUCAGAUGACGAGGCUCGCAGAGAAUUACUAAGUGUUCAUACUCUUUUUAAAAGCCGCGAGACACUACUCCCUAUCCAACCGUUCAUUCCGAGUCAGCCGCCAUCAUGCCAGGAAAAGAACGGAAAAUCAAGCUCAAAAAGCCAGAUAGAUCUGGUCCUGAUCCCUCCAUCGAAACCCUUCUCGACAUCGCAGAAAAACGAAAUUUGAGUGAAGCUCAACGACAGCGUCAAGCGGAGUUGGAUGGAGAAAAUGAGGAAAUCUUGAUAGGAAGGCUAGGGGACUCCAUUUUAUGGACAAUCAGUCUUACGAUGUUACAUUUCACCUUGGAUGUAUUGGUUACACAUCAAUAUGCCGAAGAAAUCGUCUGGAAGGGUGUCGUUUCUAGGACACUCCAAUCAUGUCCCGUUAUCUGGCUUCUCUUUUACGCCUUCCAUCCACAUCCCGAACCGUCGCACUUAUUACCUCGACUACCUGCCAAGGUGCAUUCUUAUGCACACGAAAUAUUCUUCUCUAUCGUCACUAUGAUGGCUGGAUGUUAUCUUAUACAUAUUACAAACGAAUACGGCCAUUUUGCCAUAAUGAAACAAGCUCCUCCAGUUGGGACCAUUUGGAUUUGGGCGGUGAUUGAGCUGAACAUCUUAUGGGCAGUACCUAGUGUUGCGUUUUGUGCUAUAUAUCUAAAGGUCAAAGGUUAUGCAUUCCUUUAGUCGUCAAGAAAGGAGAUUUUGGGUAGUGUUUAAGAGCGAGCCUUUGCUGGAGGCAAGAAGAUUCCACCUGAUGCCCAUUUACCACUUCUCGGCGCCAACGACGGGUUGUGCUUCGGCA